CUGAGGGGUACACAAAACCAAAAGCAAAAGAUCCUAGUCAACUAUUUUCUUUCCUCGGUUUCCUCAGAACUCGAACUCAUUUAGUGUACUCGGAAACUGGGAAGGGCAUUCAGGGAGGUGACGCCAGCGGGCGAAAACACACGCCACGCACAUUCUCACGACUUCCCCCUUUUUUGUUUUUUUCAAGAAAAAGAAGAAGUAGCCCUUGUGGGACAUUGUGCUUUUAUGCCGAAAGGGGAAAAAAAGGGCGACCCUUUUUUGCUUUGCUUCCUGGAAACUGUUAGGGCAGGCGAGACCGCUCUUUCCGCGUCGUUUUUCUUCCCGCUCAAGGGGGGGGGGGGAUGAACCACCUUAAAGUGGGAGAAAAGGAAACAUCAUCCGGAAAAACAGCAUUGUUGCUGUUGUUUUUAUCGCCCUCACACCCGGUUUCCAGCACCUACGCCCCCGCCGGAGCAAAGUGGGAAAUUGCCGGCGCUUUCUCCCCCUUCUUCCAGGCUGCGAAGCUCCAGAGCGUAUAUUGCAGAUUUCAGCUUAAUUUGAACUGUACUAAAGGAUGUAGAUUGUAUUUCUUUGCUGCCUUGGGCUUGCUAUCUGGUUCAUUGGGAGUGAUCUCAUUACAUAGAUGGGGCUAGAGAUGCUGAGCAGUGAACUUCUUGGCCAAGAGUAGAACCCAAUUCUAUAAAAGUCUAAAACCCCUAAUCUAGAACUGACAUCUACAACAUUGAAAACCUAGUUUUUGUAUUCUUCAUCCAUUCGGAAAGGAGUAACCGAUGAAUCAUUUGGUGUUUCAGACAGUAGUACUCUACGCAGUGCUGUAUUUUGGUCAAGGUAAUCAUGUCAUUCAACCUAGAAACCUCAAGGUUUCCAUGAACCUUACACUUCAGCAGUUAUUACUGGAAUGGUAUGUUAGUGAUGAUCCUAAAACAAACCACUGUGAAAUAGAUAUAGUUUUUACCAUCCAAAUAUAUCGAACUGAAGAGAAUAAUGUCAUCUUGACUGAAAACUAUACAACGGCUCUAAAUAAAUCAAAUCAACCUCUGAAUUGGAGCUGGAUUUCCGACAUUCCCUUGCAAUGUGCGACUCAUGGAGUAAGACUCCGGAGCAUGGUGGCUCCUCUUGAAGCUUGGAGUAACUGGACUUCAUGGGAGGCUGUGGAUGGUCUGGAUGUCCUGAAUGACAGCAAGGGCUACAUUUUCCCAUACGAAAAAUAUGUUGAAGAGGGUUCCAGUGUCACUUUUUGCUGCAUUGCGAAAAAAAAUGAACAUGUCACCAAUUAUACUUUUCAUAAACAUACGGAAAUAGUGAAUACAACACAGCAGAGAAUAAUGUUCACUGAAACAGCUGUUCCACUUACAUCGGAAAUGGGCCUCAAUGUGUAUUGCCGUUUCUCUUACCAAAGCAGCUUCUCUGACCUUGAUAGGACUGUUCUGUUCGUGACCAGACAGCCUGAUGAACCCAGACUUCUUGACUGUGAAACCAAAGAUAUGGUUGAGUUAAAGUGUACUUGGGAUCCUGGUGAAAUAUAUAGUUAUAACGAUAAUUGUUUAACAGAAUUCAUUUUGUCUGAUGUUUCUCACACAAAAACAUAUUGCAGUUGCACAAAGCAGUGCAGGCUGUGCCAAUUCAAGGUUUCUGGUGAACAAACCAAAUAUAACUUAACACUGGUAUCCAAAAAUUGUCUUGGACAGAAACAGGCUUAUGUGGACAUUGAUGUAGCCAACAGAGUUCUGCUUCCACCUCCUGAUGAGCUGUCAGUUGGUUAUCAAAAUGCAACCAUGAUCCAGUUAUACUGGACUUUAAAACCUAUAAUGAAAACACUGCUGGUGGUAUGCCAGGUUAACAUCUUUUCCCUGGAUGCGGAAGAAAAACAGUACAAUAUGACUGUGUUGUCCAGUCCACCUUUGCAUCCCCAUAUUAAUUUGUAUGGGUUACAGGUCUACACAAAGUAUACUCUGAAAGUACGGUGUGCUGCUGCCAAUGAUCUGUUCUGGAAAUGGAGCAAAUGGAGCCAAACCAUAACUAUCCAAACAAACGAAUCUGCUCCAGCGGGACAACUGGAUAUUUGGGGAGAUAUUAGUCCAGGUUUCAAGGAACGUAAUGUAACUGUGUUUUGGAAGGCAUCUCCGGGCUUUCAAGCUAAUGGAAACAUCAAAACAUAUGAGAUAUGCUGGGAAAAUGUAGAGCAGUCUGGUGGCUGCCAUUCAACAAAGUCAAACAACUACACUAUUUCCCUCAACAGCCAAUCUUACAAAAUCACGGUCUGGGCAAAGAACUCUGCAAGCGCAUCCCCUCCUUCUGUGCUCCACCUCUCGGCAGCUGAAGACAAUGGUGAUGUGAAAUACAGUGAAGAAAACACAACCGGCAACACAGCACAUGGUAUUUAUGUUUCUUGGAAGCCUACAAGCAAAUUUGAUGGCUAUGUUGUUGAUUGGUGCAACUACCCAAGGUCUCAGCCUUGUGAUUUUCAGUGGAGAAGGUUUGGGCAGAAUGAGUCCAGUACUAUCAUUACAUCUGGUGCUUUCAGUCGUGGGAUGAGAUACACUUUUAGAGUGUAUGGGACUCAAGGUAAUAGAAUGUGCUUACUGGAAAAGAAGACUAAAUAUCUCGAAGAAUUGGAGCCAGUUCAGGAUCCAUCCUUUAACAUAUCUGCAGUGACUUCCAGUUCAGUUACUGUCAGUUGGGAAUCUUAUCCUGAAGAUUCCCAGCUUGGUUUUAUCAGAGGUUACAAUGUUUACAUCAAAAUGGCAAACAGGAACUGCACAUUAAAGUUAUCUGAAACACUGCUAUUUCCAGGUGAUCUAGUGUCAUGUAAACACACAAUCAAAGAUCGGAAUGAAAAGAAACUUACGCUGAGAAAUCUGGAGCCUGGUACAACCUACCUGCUUGCUGUUCAAGCUUAUAGUGUCAAUCCUAGAAAUAUGGCUGACAAAUUUGAACCAGUAACUACACAACUUGAGCGAAAUUGGUUCCAUAGACUACUUCCACCACUGAUAACUGUGCCAUUAAUGAUAAUAAUUUGUGUAUGUUUCUGGAAAAGUGACUGCGUGAGAAAUUACUUGUUCCCAGAAGUCCCCCAUCCUCAUGUAUCUCCAGUUAAGAAAACCCUUGUCAUAAUAGAAGAUCGUGAGGUAACUCCUGACAGAUUAGUUGUGAUGAAGAAACCUGACAUUUCCAUUGACAGUCUACUUUUUGAGGGCAGGGCCAUUGAAAAUGCAAUGUACUUCAAUCCAAGUUGUUGCCAAAGUCUACAAGACCAAGAGGGAGCCAGCAGGAAACUCUCCUGCGCGUCGACGUCCUACAGGCCGCUCUAAGACUUUAUGAAAAGCAGACCCACUACCAGCUGCCCACCAGAAACGGGUCAAAGCAAUUUAAAUUAUGUCUCCCAAAUCAAAGUGCCUCUUUUGGGGGUUCUGCAAGGUGCCUCGCUUAGUUCCAGGGAGCCCUGAGUUUGGGCAACUGACAAUAUGACUGUAAUAUGUUGCAUGUUGGAAGGUCCAUCACAACUUGGAAUCAUAAAAUGACUGCUCAAUUAAAUGGUAAGCCUCUGACUAGAGAUCAUAUGAAUUAUGACUACAAGGCACUGCCUGCAAUUUAUGGUAUUGACAAACCACAGGCCUUGACAGCCUCUCUGUAUCAGCUAAAUGCAAACAAGGACAACUGGAUAAACUUAAAAGUUCAUCAUGCUAAUGAACUGGAUGUAUCUGUGCUGCAAGGAAAAAGCAUCUGUCUUCUCUGUAACUGAUCACUCUCUCUGUUUGCAGUCAAGUCCAGAAGGCAAAAGUAUAAGGUGAAAAGCUGGAACAAUAAAAGUGCACAAUGAGAUUCCUGAAAUGGUGUACAGAAUAGAGAAGGGGCAUUUGUUGAAAGUGUAGGCAAAUGGAAAUUUUUUUUUACCUGAAGCACUGUGAGGUCUGAUAUGCAAUUUCCAGAUCAGUCCCAACUUUAUCAAAGGCAGCAAAUGGUUCAGUCACUGAACAGCAGUGGCAUGGCAGGGUGAAAUAAAGGUUAACUGAGGUCAGGGAUACUGCCACACGCCUUAAUGUUCCACUUGUUAGAACUU